AUGGCUGUACUGCCUCAAGCCUACCCGGCGGUGUCGUUGGAGUCGGAGCAGCUCACGGUGCUCCAAAACCUCCUCCUGGAAGAGGUAGCCGGCGGAGCUGAAUACGCGGCGUCCUUUCUCGGAGUUGAAUUUAGAGGUGGCAUGCUACAGGUGGACUGCAAUGACCAGGCGUCCGCCGACUGGCUGCGGGAAUUUACCCCAAAGUUAAGUGGCUGGACCGGUCCAGUCCUCUGUGCAAAAAGGGCGGAGGACCUGCCGGUCAUGCACAGGAUGACGGUGUUCCUCCCCCGCAGCGACGACAAGCCGUACCAGUUUGCCCUGAACUUAAUCAAGAACCAAAACCGGGGCCUUAGCAUCGCGGCCUGGCGAGUCGUCAGUAGCCAGCUGGAGGACAAAGGAGAUCUACGAGGAUGGAGACUGUACCUGUACAUAGAUGAUGAAUCGUACAGGUACAUACGUGCAGCGAGCUUCCGCCUGUUUUACAGGUUCAGCAUGGUGGUCAUGAGGCCGCACAAACCCGUGACCACAGGAAGCAAGGAGGACGGGAAGACUGCCACCCAGCCGAGUGGUAGCGCGUCAACACGGACAGGAACGAUGGCAAGCAAGGAGAUGGAGAGGAUGCAGGUGGACGCCGUGGCAAAACAACCGGGCGUGAGCAGGGUUGAGCAGACCACGAAGGUCGCUACCGCUGACGUCCUGGAUGCCCAGGAAACCGAGCUACCCUCCACCCAGGAACUCCUCGAGGGACUAGAGGACCACGACCAAGUGGACAGCAGCGCGAACGACGGAGGGGAUGUGGACAUGCCCCCCCUCGAGCCACUACCUUAA